AUGUGCCUGGCAGGAAUUGUAUGCCAAGCACAGGACAACGCGUGGAUGGACGAGAGCGUUGUGCAGACCUGGCUGACCAAGGAGGUGCUGCCCCAUCUGAACUUCCAACGUGGCCAGAACGCAAGGCGUUCGAUGCUGGUGCUGGACUCCUACCGCGGCCACAUCACCCAGACCAUGCUUCAAGCUUACCGCACACACAGCAUCACCCCUACAGUGAUCCUAGUGGUGCGCACGAGCCAGAUUCAACCCCUUGACGUCUCCAUCAAGUGGUGCUUCAAGGCUGCUGCGCGAGCGCGCUACGCCAGGUGGUUCAUGCGUGAAGAGAUUCACCUGAAGACGAAAAAGGUCCCUAAGAAGGUCAUCAUUGAUGCGUUCCGCCACUGUGGGAUUUCAAGCAAGCUGGACGGGACGGAGAACCACCUGGUGAUGUCUCACCUGCACGCCAGGAGCACCACCGAUGUCUCCGAGGACAUGUGCCUCGGGGGAACCACGGGCGACAACACGCGCCUGCUUGGGCAGGCUCCAGAGGAGGAGGAGGAGGAGGAGAUGCAGGCGGAGGGCGUGAGGGAGGUGGCCGCGGCAACCGGCCUGGAUGUGCUAUACCAAGAGACCCCCAACUACCACGGAGUGGCGGCUGAGGCUGACCGCAUGAUCGAGCCUAGAGAGACGGCUAGGCAUGCCUAG